CUCAGACCCACCACCACCUCCAUGCCACAACAUCGAUCUCUUUCUCGAGAAUCUAUUUUGUAGGUUCCUCCAUCGCUGUUCCUUUCUACUACUUACCAUACCACCAUUACAUAUUCAAAUCAAGACUUCAUAAAAAUUGAGUCGAGAACCAUAAAAGUUCUUAGAGCCAUGGGUUGUCUCUUCGACUGCUUCCGUUCUACUAAAGACGACGAAUCUACAAGCGACUCUGUUUCUCAAGUUAAAUCCAAAGUAGUAGGAGUUCAUGAAUCGAAGAAUCGUUUGUCAGCUCUGUUUUUAUCUGAAGGUGAGAACGGAGCUUCAUCGACUUGUCAUGACAUAGAAGGAUCUGGUUUGGAUUCUAUGCAUAUUGACAAAGAUGUUAAGGAUGAGGCACAGAUUCUUAAAGCUUGCAGCACAAUACCUGUGACACCAGUUGAAAUGAAGAAAGCGUUCGAAAAAAUGGAGACCCAUGUCAGUAACUCUGACGCAAUGGAUGAGAUAAAGAAUGAUCCCUGUGAAGAAAUGGGAAGAUCUUUAGAUACUUCUUCAGAGCAAACUCCUAGCAGUAUCAGUUGCUUGACCGAUGCCCGUAACAAUGCGAGGAUCUCUUCUGCAUCUAGUGACGCUAGUGAAGAAAGCAUUGGUACUGCGUUCAGGGACGAUGUGGAUAUAGCCGGCAUGGUACCACUCAAAGCUGGAAACAUUAAGAGAAAGACAAAGUCAGUGCGGUCUUCCAAGAACAGCACCUCAAGGAAACCUGAGAUGGCUGCAAAAACUAAUACCCCUUCAACUUCGCCUAAUCUGACCGCAUUGAAGCUAUCUCAUGAGAUUCAAACUCCUAGAACCAUCUUUCCUGAAGAUAUGGGAUCAGCAGGAAGGGGGAGACAAAGAGUCCGGUCGCAGUUUGUGUAUCCAGCUUCCAACAUAAUUGAAAAUGCCUCCCUAUGUAAGCUCUCCCAAGAUUUAAAUGAGAACCUGGAACAAGCUAAAGUUCAGGGUUGCAAAGAGAAGAGAGAAGAUGAAUCUCCCACAUCAACGAUUUGCGAGGAAAAGUUAGAAGAUGGUUCUGAUGGAAAAUACGCGAUAACGGAAACUAGUAGCUCUCCUUGGAUGAACCAGGGUAAAAAGAAGAGUGACAAAAACAUGGAGGCUAUAUCCAUAACUCCUGGGGACAGACCUAUCAUUGGAAUGGUUGCAGCUCACUGGAAUGAGAAUAAACAAUCUCAAAUCUCACCCAAAUGGUGGGAUGGUAAUGGGAUACCAAACUCUACAAACAAGUAUAAAGAGGACCAGAAAGUGAGUUGGCACGCAACACCUUUUGAAGAGAGAUUGGAGAAGGCACUUUCAGAAGAGGGUGGUCAAAGUUUCAUCCCUUCAAGAAAACUUGGAAUAGUGGAGGAGACUGAAAGGGACACGGCCAUUUCACAUCUACGACAUUCAGCUCAAUCCAUGUCAGUUGUUUCCUUUUGAAGACCGUGUGUGAAUCUAUUGAGAUCCUGAAAUGGAGCAAUGGUGAGGUUCCAUCGAGUCCUCUAGCCAAGUAAUGUCUAGCCAUCUCGGUCGUGGUUGUGUCUCUGUACUUGGGAG